CACUGCGCAGACCAGACUUCACUCGUUCUCGCACGCCUCACUCCGCUUUUCCUCAGCAACUAUGUCUGACAAACCCGAUAUGGCUGAGAUCGAGAAAUUCGAUAAGUCGAAACUGAAGAAGACAGAGACGCAAGAGAAAAAUCCACUGCCUUCCAAAGAAACGAUUGAACAGGAGAAGCAAGCAGGCGAAUCAUAAUGAGGCGUGCACCGCCAAUAUGCACUGUACGUUCCACAAGCAUUGCCUUCUUAUUUUACUUCUUUUAGCUGUUUAACUUUGUAAGAUGCAAAGAGGUUGGAUCAAGUUUAAAUGACUGUGCUGCCCCUUUCACAUCAAAGAACUA